AUGACCUAUCCGGGCUAUACAAAUCAGCCUAUACCCAGUCACUUUACACAAUCGUCGUCGUCGAACUUUCAAAACUCCCAGCCCCAAAAUGCUACGCCCUACGCCUCUCAACGAACAUAUCCGCAACCCUCCGCAGUUCAUGGUCCACCUUAUCAACGCCAGCCCAGCUAUGAUGCUACUUAUACUGGCUCUGCUGCGCAGCAGACGCCUACAUACUCCCAAGUCGCACCGGUCCAUCAGCAUGCACCACCUGCGAUUCAACCGGCGAUGAUGGGCCCGCCUAUGCGCUGGGGAUUUGAGACGCCAGGUCCCUCGGGAUCGUUUGCUGGGCCGCAGCGCCAAACCCAGCGGGGAGGCCGCCCAUUCAAUGCCUAUAACCACCAGAACUCGCAAGCAGAACGAUCGGUCAAGCAUGCCAACAAGCGUGACCACUCGUCUGCCUUUGGAAAGCCGCAGUCCGUUACUCCACGUGUUCCAGCGCCGCCUCCGGUGCCAAGCUUCGGCAAUCCUUUGCCUUCAAAACCACCGCCGCCCGCAGACUCCCCGCGGAAGUCGAAAAAGAAGAAGAGAAAACAUAACCAGCUUGGUCUAACCCCGAAGACUGAGGAGCAUGAGUCUAGCGAGGAAGAAGACGAUGCUGACGAAGAAUCGAGAUUUGCGGCAGGAGGCGCUGCAGCUGGUACAGGGCUGCAGGUUACAUAUAAGGGACGAACAUCUACGUUACAAACAAAUGCGGAUAUUGCAGCUUGGAUAGCAGAGCGUAAAAAACGGUUCCCGACACAAGCAAAGAUUGAAGAGAAGAAAAAGGGCAUGGAAGAGGCCAAGAAGGCACGGGAAGAGGCUCAAAAACAGAGGCUUGCGCGGAAGCAAACAACGAAACGCGAAAAGAAAGAGCAAGAAAAGCACAAUGCCAAAGAACCGACUGGGGAAUCUUUAGACCCCAUGGAUGCAGCGGCAAAGGCCAAAAAGAAAGCUGAUAAACUACGACGAAAACUGAUGAAGGAAGAAAAACGGAUAGCCCAAGCCGAGGCGGACGCUGCGCGGGCUCGCUUGAGAUUGGAAGAAGCCGAACAGGAAUCUAGGUCGACUGUGUGCGAUGUUCAGUCCCAGCCGAUAUCCAGUGACAACGUGGAUAACGACCAGGAUCCGGAAGAUCCUGGUAAAGAGACGCGGCGGAUGCCAGUUGAGCCUGGUUCUAACCAUGCUGGCGACGUCAAUGCCGUUGUCGAGCCAUCAUCGGAGAUGUCUGACAGUAGCGACUGGACGUCUUCGAGCGGAUCCGACCUAUCGUCUUCGGAUUCUGACGAGAGUGAUGACGAGGCACCACCCGAAGAGACGAGUUCACGUCGCGAGGGACCAGAGCGCGUGCCAGCGCCAUCUCGCGAGGCGAAGAAGAACGUGUGUCGGCAGUUUGCGCGAAAUGGUCGUUGUUCUCGCGGAAACAAGUGCAAGUUCUUGCACGCGAUGGCCGACCGUGGGGUGAAAGCGAAGCCCGUGGAGAAGCAUGGACGACGGGGACUUUUGCAAGCGCUUCUUGAUCGGCAGAAAGAAGAGGAGAACCGAAAGGUCAUGCAGAUGAUUCUGUGGCUAGGCGAGAACGGGCAUCUUGGCGAACCCGAGCAAGCAAUUGCGGUCGUGGGGAAUCCAGAGCUCGAGGCGACUCCUGUACAAGAAUCCAAUGUUUCCGUGGCUUAG